CUCACCAUCUCGCCCAAGGCGUGAUGGCCCCGCUCCGAGUAGAGCGCGCCCUGGGUGGAUCUCGGCUCGGUGUGACCCGCGCCCAGCGGCCCGCAGCGCUCCACCUUACUCCGCUGCUGCUGUUGCUGCUGCUGCUGGGCGCUGUCUCAUCCUCUCCGGAGUCCCUGAAUCAAUCUCAUCCCACUGAGGACAGCCCUCUGUCAAAGGGAAAGAUAGAAGACUAUGAAACGAAUGUCCUGUCUUGCUGGUAUUAUUACAAGAGUUACAUGGAUUCUGUCAAGGACUGGUGCAACUGGACUUUGAUUAGCAGGUAUUACAGCAACCUGCAAUAUUGCCUGGAGUACGAGGCAGACAAGUUUGGCCUGGGCUUCCCAAACCCCUUGGCAGAAAGUAUCAUCCUUGAGGCCCACCUGAUACACUUUGCCAACUGCUCCCUGGUGCAGCCCACCUUCUCUGAUCCCCCAGAGGACGUGCUCCUGGCCAUGAUCAUAGCCCCCAUCUGCCUCAUCCCAUUCCUUGUUACUCUCGUGAUUUGGAGGAGUAAAGACGGCGAUGCCCAGGCCUAGGGUCCAUUUCUCAGCAGCCAUCUUUUCCCUUUCCCCUGCUGGAACCAGGAACCUGUCCUCCCCUCCCUAUCUACUUAGUCUCAUCCCUCCCACAGACCUUUGGAUUGGUGGAAAUGGAAGCAAAGGGGACUCAUGACACAAUGUCUGUAGUCUUUAAAAUAAAAUAUGUUUUUGUACAAUA